AUGAUAAAGGAUGUGGGCCCCAGCCUCCUCUCAAGCAUAUCGCUGCGUACUUGUCUGCCGUUGUCCUUGCGGCCAAGCACUGUUGAAAGAUGUCCAACAAGAUUGUGCCCCAGCGUCAAGGUCGACUUUGAGGAGUACGGCAUGGACGAGGACCUGCUUCCCCUCCUCCAAUCUAAAUGGGAGAACAAACUCAUCGAGACUAAAGUCGCAGAUUUCGCGUUGAACCCCGUCGUAGACGCUGCAUCAUCAAAUCAGCAGGCACCUCGUCUUCCAACCGCGCGGCCAGCACCUAACGGCGUCGAGGUCAAGGCAGAGCCAGACGACUCGCUCCGCUUACGUGGAGGAGCUUCGGAGGACACCAAGCCCAACAUCGCCUUGUCAGACGUCGCGCCGCAGCCGCGGCCAGAGCCGAACGCGGCGGGUUUGCUCCCUGGCGACGAGGUCAUUGACAGCGACCUCGACGACAGCGACGACGAGCUGGGUAUCGAAGACGACGAUGAGAACGGCGAGGGCGAGAUCGACAUUGUCUACUGCGUGUAUGACAAGGUCCAGCGGGUCAAGAACAAGUGGAAGACAGUGUUCAAGGACGGCAUGAUCCACAUCAACGGCAAGGACUACCUCUUUGCCAAGUGUCAGGGCGAGUUCGAGUGGUGA